AUGCCGCUGAGGAGGAAGGUUGCUGUCUGCGUGGUGCUCUGCAUGGGCGCGGUGGCGACGGGGGUGGGAGUCUGGCGGAUAGUGCUCCUCGCUAAGGGCUUCUUCCCAACUCAUCCGGUGUACGAUGCCACAUACUCCAUUGGUUUCUGCAGCUCAGCAGUAGAGGUUCAUGUCGCCGUUCUGGCUGCCUGUGCCCCUUGUCUCAAGGCCAUUGCCAGUACCUACUUGCCUCGUCUGCUGGGCUCAUCACGCCGGGCCACCUACCCGUCAACGGGUCGCCAAUACGUUCCCACGUCCACUACCUCGUACUCUCGUCGAUCUCACGUCAAGAUUUCGGCAGCUCGUGGUGAUGCUUCGGUCGCGUUCGAGAUGGUCACUCCCCAGCUACCGAUUCCAGGGGUUGAAGAGGCCGCGCACAGGAGAGAGAUGCGAAAAUACCACCCCUAUGGGGAAGAUGACACCAGUCUCAGUAGUGAGGACGGCGCACCGACGACAGGCAUUGUAAAGACUACGGCGAUCUCAGUCCGAUACACGGCGGACUCCAACUUGGAAAGUGGCGGGGAAGGAACCAGAGAAGGAAGCGUAGAGCGCUUGGUUUAG